GGCGUGUAGUUCACUUGUGAGCACGCAAACGUGCUUCAGGUAUUGUAGGUGUACCUCCUCGUGCUUGCGUACCCUUUUCCUGCUAAUUGUGUGCGUGUUCAUUAGAUCUUCUGAUUGCUCUAGCAUUUUUGUGACCACGGACCGGGUCUUUGCUAGAUUUUGGGAUUAGCAACUGACACGAGGUUUGGAAAACGGGUGUUUGAGGGUAGACCCGUCUCUGUACGUCACGCAGAAACAACGAUCGUUGAGCUGCUCCUGAGCGUUCUCUUCCUAAAAAUCGUACUUGCUGAUCAUUUGCGUGUCCCCGGCACCUCUCGCCCCACGCGGAAGGUAAACGACUACCAGGUACUAGGUACGCCAGAGGAAACCCAUCGUGGGACGACCAUUCCGAUCCCGGGUGACGACAUGGACGCUGUUGUGGCCGGAUCUUCCGUGAACGGGUCAGGCAAGGCCCUGUCCAAGGAGGAGAUUGCAACCUACAGGGCGGAGCUCGACGCCCUCAAAGCCGAGUUCAGCCUGAAGGAACCCGAGCGGUCAUUCAUGGACGAUCCCGACACCAAGUGGCGGUUCGGCUGCCCUCCGGACUACACGCUCGCGAACCUCGCGUUCCUCAAGGGGCGCUCGAAGGCGCACCCCGAAGGAUCCCUUGAGCUGAUCGUCGAGAACCUCGUCAAGACGUGGGAGAUGGAGCGCUCGCACAAGCUCGACCACACGGAGCACCGCACUGUGGACCAGGAGCGGUUCUCCCUCUCGGCGAAUGGCGGCAAGAAGUACAACAACAAGGAGGCGAACGCCGCCGGGAACUACAACGUCCUGCUGGAAAGCUGCCCCAAGGAGAUGUGGGACUCCGACGAGAAAACCUGGGAAGAGUCGCACGCUGUCUUCCACGGAACGUUCGACGCUUUUCCGUGGGAAGUGCUCGAGGUGUUUUCCGGCCCUCCAACCGUGGGCUUCACCUGGCGUCACUGGGCAAACUUCGACGGCAGCUAUCAGGGAAACGCGGGCGAGGGUCAGCUGGUCGAACUGUACGGCUUCGGCGUGGCCACCGUCAAUGACAAGCUGCAGCUGUGCGACGUCGACGUCUACUUCGACCCCAAGAGCUUCAUGGAGAUCCUCCGUGGUGAGAGGGACGCCGGGGACGUUCAGGGCGGGACUGCUGUCGUCGGCCCGCUCGGAGGGCUAAACGGAGGCUGCCCGCACCUGGAGCUGCUCCGGAAGAACGCUGCUGGACACAAGAAGUAG